CCUUUAUAAAGGUAGAGUGAAGCAAUGUAAGACACGUUCAUCACAGCAGAACAGAACCACAGAUCACACACAGCUAGACCCACCCGUCUAUUUUACUUUCAGACUCUCGAAGAUCCAUCAUGGUCUCCUUCCCCAUGGCAAAGCUUGUUUUCAUGGUUGUUCUUUCUGGCCUAAUUUUGGCAUCCGAACAGUGUCAGGACAGCUGCCCUGAUGGCUGGAAAGGCUUCAAUGACCGCUGCUUCAAGCAUUUUCCACAGCAGUGGGACUGGGUCCAAGCUGAGUCAUUCUGUGUGAGUCAAGGAGGAAACCUGGCCUCAGUGCACAGUGCUGAGGAAUUUCAGUUUCUCAAGGACCUCUGCAAAGCCGCCGAUCCACAGGAAAAUCCAUUCUGGAUCGGGCUGACGGACUGCCAUAAGGAGGGUACAUGGAUGUGGUCAGAUGGCUCUAAAGUGGAUUAUCAGCACUGGAAUAGUGGGGAGCCCAACAAUUUAAAUGAAGAGGACUGUGUGCACUCAACCUGGUCUGUACAGAAAAUGUGGAAUGAUAUCCCCUGCACAUAUCAGUACAGAUUCAUCUGUGUUCAGCGUUCAGAUCCAGCAGGGAGAGCGUGAAGUGCUGGCAUCAAUGAAGACAAGCAGCUCUCUGACCUGUCAGAAGGAUAUGGGUUUUAAGCUUUGAUUUCUCACUGUCCAUUUGAGUUAUCUCUGUUACCUCUGUCUCUCAAAUAAAGCCUUCCUAAGCAUCUUA